AAAGGCGUCUCUUAUAUUCACGGCAGUAGUGGCGGACAGUUCGUCAUCGAGACGUACAUUAUAUUCAUAUUAAACGCCGCCAUCACUUUUGGUAUGAUUUUGAUGAAUGAGGCGAUGAAAGGAAAGGGAGACUCGAAAAAGAGGAAAAUUAUGGCGAUCGUCGGCAUGGGAUUAGUGGCCGUAUUCUUCAGUUCAUUGAUAUCCAUAUUCCGGAGCAAAGCUCACGGAUAUCCCUAUAGUUUUCUAUUCAAAUAAACGCAAUAACUGUCCAUAAGUUUUGUUAUUACUAGAGAUGCCUAC